AUGCCCCAACAAUACGAUUAUAAUUUACAAUCAAUUGAAAUGGGAGAACCUGAGAUUCUUGGUAUUGUCGUUGCUGGCGGCACUGCACCAGGUUUGAACGGACUUAUCUCAGCAGCAGCUGAAUAUGCUCUCCGUCUUCAUUGGAAAGUAAUUGGUUUUCAAGAAGGAUACAAAUAUCUUUCUACAGGCGACCCUGAAAUUGUUGCUCAGCACAUGGUUGAAAUCACAGAAGAAAUCAUUCUCAAGAAAGCAGCACUCGGUGGCAGUGUCGUAAAAACAGAUCGAACAGAUAUCAGCAAAAACCCAGCAGCCAUUUCCAAUUCGUACAAAAUGCUCAGACAUUUUAAAGUAAGAUACUUACUCAGUAUCGGAGGCAACGCGAAGCUGAGAAUGUGCCAUUACAUUUCUCAAGGCAUCGAUCCAACGAUAAUGCAAGUAAUUGCAGUUCCGAAAACAAUUUCAAACGAUGUACAACUCCCGCCCGAACAGACAUCUCUCGGAUUCCAAACAGCCAGAGCUUUCGGUGCAAAACUUUGCAAAAAUUUAUGUAUCGACGCACAGAGCGAACCACAAUGGUACAUCAUCGAAACAAUGGGCAAGGAAACCGGCCACCUCGCGUACUCCAUCGGAGAGGCUUCUGGCGUAGAUUUGACCUUAAUUCCAGAAGAUUUCCCAACAAAGGAGAUUUCGCUAUCAGAUAUCUGCGAUAUCGUCGAGGGAUGCAUUCUUAAGAAGAAAGCCCAGGGAAUUAACUACGGAUGCGUGCUUCUUUGCGAAGGAUUGUACUAUAAAAUACCAAAAGAUGCAAGAGCAAACAAUUUCCACUCAUACGAACACGAAACAAGCGACAUAGAGUUGUGCAGAGCUGUCGCUCAUGAAAUUCGUGAAAGAUUUGAAACUCAUAAAAUCGAUAUUAGAAUUAACUCGAAGAAGAUAGGUUACGAACUUCGUGGAUGCAAGCCUCUUUCAUUCGAUGCUAUUUACGCCCGCGAACUCGGUGUUGGAGCCAUAAAUGGCUUUUUGGAUGGACAUUCUAACUGUAUUUGCCAUUGGUACAACGGAAGUAUCUUCUUCAGAUCAUUCAAAUCACUCAUUAACCACAAUACAGGUGAAAUUGAACCUAGAUACGUCGAUACAACUACAAAUGAGUACAAGAAGAGCCAUGCUUUGAUGACUUACCUUGUGAAAGAUGAUUUCGCAAAUCAAGAGAAUCUUAAGAAGCUCGCUGAGGCCGCAAAUACAACUCCGGCUCAAUUUUUAGCGGACUUCGCUCAUAUCCCUGAUCUUACCGUGUUUUAA